AGGCUUCUGCGGCCCGGCGCUGGGGGCGGGCACCAGCCCCCACCCCUCGGCGUCCCCUCCCCUCACUUCCCCUCCCUCCGUCCCCUCCCUCCCCUCCCCCCGCGGCGAGGCGGCGAGGCGGCGAGGAGGCGGCGGCGGCGGUCGAGGCUGAGGCGGCGGCGGCGGCGGCGGCGGCGGCGGGCGGGGCUCUGCUCGGGCUCCGCGGGCGGGCGGGCGGACAUGGCGGCCAACAUGUACCGGGUCGGAGAUUAUGUCUACUUUGAGAAUUCUUCCAGCAACCCAUACCUAAUCAGAAGAAUAGAAGAACUUAACAAGACUGCAAGUGGCAACGUGGAAGCAAAGGUAGUGUGCUUUUAUAGACGACGAGAUAUAUCCAACACUCUCAUAAUGCUUGCGGACAAGCAUGCUAAAGAAAUUGAAGAAGAAUCUGAAACAACAGUUGAGGCAGACUUGACUGAUAAACAGAAACAUCAGUUGAAACAUAGGGAACUCUUUUUGUCACGCCAAUAUGAAUCUCUGCCUGCAACACAUAUCAGGGGAAAAUGCAGUGUUGCUCUUCUGAAUGAGACAGAAUCAGUAUUGUCGUAUCUUGAGAAAGAGGAUACCUUUUUCUACUCCUUGGUCUAUGACCCCUCAGUGAAAACACUAUUAGCUGACAAAGGUGAAAUCAGAGUGGGUCCUAGAUACCAAGCAGACAUUCCAGAAAUGCUCUUAGAAGGAGAAUCAGAUGAGAGAGAACAGUCAAAAUUGGAAAUGAAAGUUUGGGAUCCAAAUAGCCCACUUACAGACCGACAGAUUGACCAGUUCUUAGUAGUAGCUCGGGCUGUUGGGACAUUUGCUAGAGCCCUGGACUGUAGCAGUUCUGUGAGGCAGCCUAGCUUGCACAUGAGCGCCGCUGCAGCUUCCCGAGACAUCACGUUGUUUCAUGCUAUGGAUACGUUGUAUAGACACAGCUAUGACUUGAGCAGUGCAAUUAGUGUCUUAGUACCACUUGGAGGACCUGUUUUAUGCAGAGAUGAAAUGGAAGAAUGGUCGGCCUCUGAAGCUAGCUUAUUUGAAGAGGCACUAGAAAAAUAUGGCAAGGACUUCAAUGACAUACGUCAAGACUUUCUCCCUUGGAAGUCAUUGACUAGCAUCAUUGAGUAUUAUUACAUGUGGAAAACUACUGACAGAUAUGUGCAGCAGAAACGUCUAAAAGCAGCAGAAGCUGAGAGUAAACUGAAACAAGUUUAUAUCCCAACUUACAGCAAACCAAAUCCCAACCAAAUAUCCACCAGCAAUGGCAAGCCUGGCGCUGUGAAUGGAGCUGUGGGGACCACGUUCCAGCCCCAGAACCCCCUAUUAGGGAGAGCCUGUGAGAGCUGCUACGCUACACAGUCUCACCAGUGGUAUUCUUGGGGCCCACCCAAUAUGCAGUGUAGAUUAUGUGCAACUUGUUGGCUGUAUUGGAAAAAAUAUGGAGGCCUGAAAAUGCCCACCCAGUCAGAAGAAGAAAAGUUAUCUCCCAGUCCAACUACAGAGGACCCCCGAGUUAGAAGUCACUUGUCCCGGCAGGCUAUGCAGGGGAUGCCUGUCCGAAACACUGGGAGUCCAAAGUCUGCAGUGAAGACCCGCCAAGCUUUCUUCCUUCAUACUACAUAUUUCACAAAGUUUGCUCGUCAGGUCUGCAAAAAUACCCUACGGUUGCGGCAGGCAGCAAGACGGCCAUUUGUUGCUAUUAAUUAUGCUGCCAUUAGGGCAGAAUAUGCAGACAGACAUGCCGAACUAUCUGGAAGUCCACUGAAAAGCAAAAGCACUAGGAAACCUUUGGCAUGUAUCAUCGGGUAUUUAGAGAUCCAUCCUGCAAAGAAACCUAAUGUUAUUCGUUCCACACCAAGCCUGCAAACCCCAACUACCAAGCGGAUGCUAACUACCCCGAAUCACACGUCUCUAAGCAUUCUGGGGAAAAGAAACUACAGUCAUCACAAUGGCCUGGACGAACUCACUUGUUGUGUGUCAGACUGAGCGAUCCCUGUUCCAUCCUACAAUCCAAGACUCGCUACUGUCCUGCUGAUGUUCACAGCUGUGCCUGGGAAGGAGGCAGCUGGAGACCCCCGAGUGUACCCCACGGAGACCCGAUGGGGAGGGAAGAAACUGUAGGAGUGCAGGUUCCAAAUCUGCACCUCCACCUGUGAACCAGCAGCGCCUGGCUUCCUUCUCAGAGACCUCUCUGUCCCCAGCAGACCUGCCUGAGAACCGAGGGCGGGGGGCAGGAGCCACUCCUCCUCACUUAUUGGGCCACACUCCCCAGGAAUGGUGGCCUCGGGCGAUGGAGGCUGCUGAGAGCUUGGAGCCCUGCUGCCCUGCAUGUGUCUGUCCUGCUCUGUUUUAUGCUGUAUAGUUAUGCACAGGAGGGAUGUGGCAGCUUUCUGAGUGCAUUUUUCUUAAGGAAUGUGCUGGUGUUUACGCAGCUCAUGGUAUUUCCCCACCCUCGCUG